AUGUCUCCGUCCGCUCUUUCUGCCCUCUUCGCUGUUGCAGCCAUUACUUUUGUUCGCGCUCAGCCUGACCCUGCUGACCCCACUCCUCUCGUUGAUAAGCACUAUGCCUACCCGUCUGGUAUCCCUUACCAAGUCGACUAUAAUACUGCUGCUCUUCGCGGUCCCCAAGUCGGCUAUAAUAUUUGCAACUCCACAACCGAGAACCAGAGUUCAAUGUGUCAAACUUCGUUCGUGAACCACAUAGACGACUUCUGCCUCUGGGCUCCCCCACAGCCCAACUCCACCAUUGGUGACACUGAAGGUCAGGAAGUUGCCUGGUGUACAAAGCCAGGACAUGGUACUCGUCUCAUCCCCGCCGGUGCUCUCCAAGGCGUACAGCUCAUCAAGACCCCCAACUACAUCCAAAUCGCCGGUUUUAUUGAUCAAACUCAGAUCAACAUCGCUGCUAAUGACUACGGAGGCGAGUUAGAUCCUCACGGUGCUGAUCUGCGCGGUAACCCUCUUGGCGGUCUCAUGUAUUCCAAUGCGUUCCCCAGCAACGGCGGUAACAACAACUCGUAUCAACAGGUUAUUGACUGGACAAACUUCAUGGGUGGCGACGGUUUCUGUAUGAAGAUCUGCGACCCCGCUGGCCAGAACCAACAGGCCCUCUGUCAAAACAUCUAUGACCGUCUUGGAUGCGCAUACAACGCACCCAACAACGCACAGAAGGGUGUUUUCGAAGUCUGCGAUGGUGACGAUAUGUCCCCUGUCGGUGUUUACACUACCAACGGCGCUACUUCGACCUACUUCCAACCUCCCGAAUCUCUUGGCCCCAUCACCACCGUGCCAUACACCCCCACACCUGCUGCAAGCUCGAACUGCGUGACGUACACAAGCUCGGCACUGUACACUGGUCAGCCGACGCCAACAGGCGCGACCGCAAGUUCAGGUGCAAGCGGAGCAAAGUCAACAGCAAGCAGCACCAAUUCCAGCGCAUCACCAGCUAAGACUGGUGGUGCUGCCACCAUGGGUGUAUCACUUGGCGCUGGGCUUGCUGGUGUGGUGUUCGCGAUGGCGUUCUUAUCGUAA